GGAUACUACAUCGACUUGCCGAGUUCUAGGUUGCUGGCGUUGUCGUUCAACAGAUUUGAUAAGACUUUGUUCGCGCGCCGGAACAGAAUGUCGUCUUAUAUAAAUGCUACCUCCGCCGUGGAAUUACAUCUAAUCAUAGGCGUGGUGGCAGAGUGGUCUAAUGCGCAAGACUAGAAAUCUUGUUCCUUCGGGAGCGUCUGUUCGAAUCAGGCCCACGUCGAAGUAUUUGUUUGUUUUUUCCAGUUUAAACCGACUGGUUCGGUUUCUUUUUGUCGAUUUUGGGUUCAAAAGCACUGCAGAAGUGAAGCUUUUCGUCAAGAAAGUGGUAAUCUUCUGACUCUUGAUGAGGCAACCCCGAACUUCCUGCCGCCAAAAGCUCAAUGUUCGGUGUCAAGUGGGGCAGCAACGGCGCUCCGGCCGAAGCUUGGCACGGGCCCGGCACAAGCCACAGGAAGCUACCCCGCCCUGCUAAUGCGGAGCCCUAAAUUUUUGCUGCAGGCCACAAUUUGUUCAAAAAUUCCCUUGCUCGAUUUCCCUCUCUCCACCGCUCGCAAAUCGCAACGUCCACCCCUCCCCCCAGACUUUUAACCACCACAACCAAGGCGCAGGAUAUCAACCUCUUUGCGUUCUCCUCACCCCAUCCAACUUCCACCGGUCAAUCUCUUGAACCUCUGCUCAACAGUCACAAUGGCUCCCAUCGCUAAGAAGUCCUCCAAGGGCAAGGGCCCCAAGGUCACCAAGAAGUUCGUCAUCAACGCUUCCCAGCCCGCCUCGGACAAGAUCUUCGACGUUUCCGCUUUUGAGAAGUUCUUGAACGAGAGGAUCAAGGUCGAGGGCCGUGUUGGCAACCUCGGCGAGACCAUCAAGAUCUCCCAGAUUGGCGAUGGCAAGAUUGAGAUCAUUGCCCACAAUGAGCUUUCUGGCCGUUACCUCAAGUACUUGACCAAAAAGUUCCUUAAGAAGAUGCAGCUUCGUGACUGGCUCCGCGUCGUCUCCACCUCUAAGGGAGUGUACGAGCUCAAGUUCUUCAACGUCGUCAACGACGCUGAGGAGGAGGAUGACGAGUAAAUUGGUGGUCUAUCUAUUGAGCGAGGGAGGAUAUACCCGAAAGGAGUACAAUCUGGCAAGACAAGAGAUACCAAAACAAAAAUGGGAUCAUUGGUUGUGCAUAGCGGUUGGGAGAAACAGGGUCAAUUGAAAAGUGACAACGCCGCCGUUGCGCGGCCAGGCGUUUUGGCCGAAAACAAAACUUGAAGUUCUGUUGCUUGCUUGAGA